AUGGCAAGUCUCCAUUCUCAACAAAGUCGACCCUCCGCCCAAAAUCGCUCGCCCGCCCCGCAUUCCGCGGGUGGCAAAAGAGUCAAAGACAAAGAAACCUCAGACGGCGAGGAGACUCUAAGUUCCGACUUCGACUCUGACCGUGAUUCGGAUUUCAUCGAUCCAAGUGAGGACGGCUUGGAAGACGAAGAAGAUGUAGUCAUGGCGAUGUAUAGCGAGUCCGAGCAAUCAGACGGCAACCGUCUUGAGGGUAUGCAUGAAAUCCCCAAAGAUCCAACAUUGCAAUCGUCAAAUCCUUGGUUCGACGAGGUUCCUUGGGGAACAAAACUGUGGAUAUGCUCGCCGUGA